GAUGAAGUAAACCAGAUCAUGGAAACCGAUCUGUGGCUGCGUCACAUCUGGAAUGGUUAUAAAUUGCGUUGGGAUCCAACAGAAUAUGAUGGCACUGAGACUCUUCGUGUUCCCUUGGACAAGACUUGGAAGCCUGACAUUGUUCUCUAUAACAAUGCUGUUGGUGACUUCCACGUCGAAGGCAAAACAAAAGCUCUUCUUCAGUAUGAGGGCCUGGUAACCUGGACUCCACCAGCUGUUGGUAAGAGUUCCUGUCCUACGGAUAUCACCUUUUUCCCUUUUGAUCAUUAAAAUUGUUCCCUAAAAUUUGGUUCCUGGACAUAUGACAAAGCUGAAAUUGAUCUUCUAAUCAUUGGAUCUAAAGUAGAUAUGAAUGAUUUUUGGGAAAACAGUGAAUGGGAAAUUGUUGAUGCUUCAGGCUACAAGCAUGACAUAAAAUACAACUGUUGUGAAGAGAUAUACACAGAUAUAACCUAUUCUUUUUACAUUAGAAGGUUACCAAUGUUUUACACCAUCAAUCUGAUCAUCCCCUGUCUUUUUAUCUCAUUUCUGACUGUGUUGGUUUUUUACCUUCCUCUGGACUGUGGAGAGAAAGUGACACUUUGCAUUUCAGUUCUGCUUUCUCUAACUGUGUUUUUGCUGGUAAUCACAGAAACCAUCCCGUCCACGUCUCUCGUGGUCCCGCUGGUGGGGGAGUACCUACUGUUCACCAUGACCUUUGUCACCCUGUCUGUC